UGGUGUAAUGUGCUUUAGGGGGCUGGGAUGGGAAGCCAUACAGAGAGUGACAGAGAAAUUACAUUUCUCCGCUUAGUAGCAGAAAGCAGCCUCUCUCCCCCUCUGCAUUGUGUGCUCCGAGCUCGCUGAGAGCAGACCACCCAGAUCCCAUGCCGCAGAGACGCCUGUAGCUGCUCAUCCGCACACAGGGGAGAAAGAAGAGGCUGCCCCAUUCAAGGAAGCAACUAGAGAACCCCAAGGUCCUGCUCCAACUGAGCCCCCUACUCUGGUGUGCUCCCGGCAGUCGUCCCUCCCUCCCAUGCGCUUGUGCAGACUGCUGGUUAGAGGCGGAAGAAGACCGAGGAAGUUUGUCCUGCGCCUCCUGUAUACACAGCUUCCUCUCUGUUCCCUGUUUUACUGGAUGCUCUGUGGGAUGGGUGCAUGCAGCAGGAAGGCCCUGACUUUGCUCAGCAGUGUAUUCGCUGUAUGCGGCCUGGGGCUUCUGGGAAUCGCAGUCAGCACUGAUUACUGGCUCUACUUAGAAGAAGGGAUCAUUCUGCUCCAGAAUCAGACCACAGAGAUAAAGAUGUCCUUACACUCUGGGCUGUGGAGAGUCUGCUUCCUGGCAGGUGAGGAACAGGGACGCUGCUUCACUAUAGAGUACGUCAUGCCAAUGAACGUCCAGAUGACAUCAGAAUCUACUAUCAGCGUACUGAAAAUGAUUCGGUCAGCUACUCCAUUCCCCCUGGUCAGCCUCUUCUUCAUGUUCAUUGGGUUUAUACUGAAUAACGUCGGGCACAUCCGCCCUCAUCGGACCAUCCUGGCUUUUGUUUCUGGGAUUUUCUUCAUUCUCUCUGGUCUGUCCUUAGUGGUGGGUCUAGUCCUGUACAUAUCUAGCAUUAAUGAUGAGAUUCUGAACAGAACUAAAGACUCGGAAACCUAUUUCAGCUACAAGUAUGGGUGGUCCUUCGCUUUUGCAGCCAUAUCAUUUCUACUCACAGAGAGCGCCGGUGUAAUGUCCGUUUAUCUUUUCAUGAAGAGAUACACGGCAGAAGAUGCAUAUAGGCCACACCCAGGAUUCUACCGACCACGUCUUAGCAACUGUUCUGACUAUUCUGGCCAAUUCCUGCACCCCGAAGCCUGGGUGAGAGGACGCAGUCCUUCAGACAUCUCUAGUGAGGCCUCUUUGCAGAUGAACUCCAACUACCCGGCCCUCCUCAAAUGCCCUGACUAUGACCAAAUGUCCUCGUCACCAUGUUGAAAAAUGACAUUGGCAACCGUUUAAAACUGUAUCAGUGUUCUGCAGGACAUGCCAACAUUCAAAAUAUGUUCUAUAGCCCACUCAUCGUGCUCCUUAUCGCUAAUGCCUGAUCUCAACAAACACCUAGCAGAGAUUUACUCUCAUAUAAUGUGCGGUGAGGGUCUUGGCAGUUCAUGUGUUCCACAAUAGGUUAGACGAACCAGUUUUGUACAGUGUAUGGUCUAUAACGUAACCAGAAGACCUGACAUGACAUAACAUUCAAUGUACAGUACAACUCCGCUGAUUACAGUAUGAAUCCAUAUUUUCUUCAAAACAACAUAUUGCAUAAAGGUAUAAUGAGAAAUGUGCUGCUUAUAUCACAUGGUCUCUAGGGAGGUUGGACACAUUCUCAUAGUCGCGUCAAAACAUGGUUACAGCCUGAAGUUUGCUUUGCCCUUGUGCCAUAUUUAUGACUUCAGCUGAGUAGUGUCUGGCUAGUUUUGGUGGACAACAUUGAAUAAAGUGGUAGGCUAUGUGGCCAACACUAUGUAGUUAUGUUAUUAUAUAUCUGUUAGAAGAGUAAAUAUCAAUGUAUCUAGAAUUCAGGGACAUAAGGGAAGCUGAAUUUCUUGUGCACAAUGUCAGAAGAUCCAGUGUUCUAGUUAUUGUACCGUGAGUGGUAAUGUUAAUCCCUUGUGGCGUGUAAUCCCCAGUGCCUCUAUAUAGAGAAGCCUGGAGGAACAGUUGUAAUUGUAGAAUAGUCUCUCAAAACACUUGCUGAUAUAGAUGAGUCGUUAACCCAAAAGUGUAAAUUAAAAUUUGAGAUUGCUCUGAUAACUGAAGCAUUCAGGUUAGUGUUUCAAUGCUAAUUUAGCAAAUUGUUCAUACGGUUCUAUAAAAUCGGUGUGUGCACACAUAAAUACUGCAAAGAUACUGUAGUCUUUAUACAACUAUCUGAAUAUAACUGGGUCAAUAGAGUUCUUACUUUACCUUGAGAUCUUUAAUGUUACCCUGGCUACACCUGAACCUUAAACCUGCAGUAGGUGUAAUUGCAUUGGAUAGUGCACAAAUAGAAAAACCUUCAUGCAGCCUAUCCCCCCACUCUGCCAAGUUUGCCACCAUAUUGGUGAGAGGAAAGUGUGAGAUGCUACAAUAGUGUGAGAGGAGUGGCAAGGAGAAAACACACACACUUCCUGUUCUUAAUGCGUACAGCCACAGAAAUAGUAUAUGCAAGCAGAAGAUGGUAGGAUGCUUUGGAAUUUUUACUAAAAUCUACUGAAAAACAUAUAUAAUCAAUGCUGUCUGAACAUAUUUUACAUAAAAGUACAUUCUAUAGUCAGAUCUGAAAUGAGCGGAACUUUAAUCUUCACACAUUGAAUUUAAUUCCCUGCAGGUGGGUGGAAUUAGUAGCCAGGACUGAGAUUUAGGGUAGUUUUGUAGGUAUGUGGAAUAUAGGAACAGUAGCACUGAAAUAAUGUAAAUUCUAAUUCAGUUUGUGCUAGCGCCCAGAUUAAGGGUAGGGGUUUACUAAACAUAUAACUGUUUGCCAGUGCACUUAAAAGUUUUUGUUCUGCUGUUUUUAUGAACAGGUUAAGUCUUUAGUAAAUCACCAACUAGGUCUGUUAAACAGUUUGGUGAUCAUGGGUCAUUAUUAAAUAAAUGUAUUGCCUUUUAAUAAUGUUUUAUUUGACUGUGUACAAAUUAAGUAUUGUAUUUUAAUAAAUAAAAGCUCAGAAAA